AUCAAACGCUGCCUGUUGUUGUUGAUGUUGUGUCUGUUGUGUGUUUGUUUUUGUUGGAUUUUGUUGGUUAAGGAGGUUUGUGAUUGAGAUGCGUUGAAUAUCUCAUUAGAGCUCAUUGUUAAUUUAGCAACAUGGCAAAUAAUGAUGGCAGAGACUCGUCUGGUGGGAGUAAAAUUAGAGCAGCUCGGCUUUCUGCUCAACAGUUUGAAGUUUUGAUUGAAUUCAUGCAAGAGCACCCACAUUUUGCUGUUGGACGUGCCUCUGGUGGCUCCUAUUCUAAGGAAGAACAUGAUAUUCUAUGGAAAACAUUGUCCUCAUCUCUCAAUGAAACAGAAGGUCCUGUUAAGUCUGUCACCAAAUGGCAAAAGUGCUGGGUGGAUCUAAAAUCAAAUGCCCGAAGUCGUGCUGCCAAGUACCGGGCAUUGUCACGUGAUGGUCCAUGUCCAUGGUCCACCGGGUCCAUGUUCACCCAGUGGGAUGAGAGAGUUUUGCGAUUACUCAAUGAUAUUUCUGCCAAUGGAAAUAAAUUUGUUCCAAUUGUAGCCGACUCCCCUUUGCAGUUACUUGAAGUUGGUUUUUCUGAAAAACUUACCAAUGGCUCAAUCAGGACUCGCACUGCCAAAUCAAAUAAGCAAAAAUUUCACCCAAUCGCUCCCAAACCAAAUGGCUAUCAUAUCACUGAAAAUGGAACUGAAACUAUGGAAUCCACAAGCUCCCAUGCUUACAACCUAAUUGAGGAUCUACCUGGAGCAGAAGAAGACAUGGAGGAAUUGAUUGCUGAAGUGAAAUCGGAAGGAGAUGAAGAAUGGAUGGAACAUAAUGAAGGAUGUGGAGAAGCUUACCACCCGGAUUCAAUAUCUCCAACAAGUGGUUCUCCAACAAUAAAUUAUAUCACCCCUCACAUUUUGACCGAGCCAGACUGCCCUGCUGAGGAGGAGUUUUCCAGUAGAGCUGGAUCUAAGAAAAGAAAACGAGAUGAUUUGCCAGCAUCUUUCAAUCUAGAAGAUUCUUUGGAAAGAGUUUCCAAAAAAAUUUGUGGCACUCUUGAUCGGAUGGCAGCAGCAGCCGAGGAGGCGAAUUCUAUUCAACAUGGAAUGGUUACUGCUAUGAAUCGUCUUGCUUCAUCAUUUGAACAACUUCUACCUAUUGUUGCCAAAGUUCUCUCCAAUAAUUUGAAAGCUGCAGGUUCAUCUUGAUGACUGGUGGGUUCUGCUUUGAGUAACAAUUUCAAGGCUUCUUUUUCUGUGUUUAAUUGGCCAAGAAAUACUGUAUCCUGUACUGCUCAAGAUGUAUGUGCCAAUUGAAUAACUGCAAGCUCCGAUUUCCGCACUAGUCAUCUGUCAAAUUUUGAAUGAAACUAUAAAAUCUUAAGCCUCUAAAUUUUAGUGCAGAAAUCCUUAUUUUGUAGACACUUUGCUUCGCAUCCUAGUGUACACACAUCAAAUUAACAAAUUGAUUAAAGUGGCAGCGCUAUGGGGAGACUUCUUCUACAGGAGAGCCACCCUUACUCGUUUUUCCUUAGUUUUGUGUACCUUGGUUUAUACCUGUUUAUUUGAAUUUACCGUAAUCAGUACCUUGCUAGGGUAUUAGAAAGUUAUGCAGCUAAGUAUUGUUUUUGUGUCGUAUCAUUCCCUUCGCAUUCUGUUUCUGUAUGCGAGUAUUCUCUUCCAAAACUAAUGAUACUUCAGUUUUAGAAACAAGUCUGUGAAUCUACUAGUCAAUACUUAAAUACUAGGUAGUCUUGUAAAUCGAUUGUGAACUUUUUUCCUCAUACUGCUCAAUUAAAGUAGCAUGCAACAUUGAACAGAUUGCUAAUGUUUGUAGGCAAAAUCGUGCUGUGUAAAAGUUUGUCUGAUCUCCUUAAUUUAUGUGAUAGCUAUUUCAAGCAAUAUUUAUCUGUAUUCUAGCUAAAUGCUGGCAAUUUGUCAUUUACUGAUUCUGAUAUGAUUUUCAUGGCAUUUGAAUGCCAUGAAAAUCCUUUUAUUAGGUGACACAAGCUGUUAUUAGAGAAGGAGGUUCUCUGACCUGCUCUUUUGAGAUUUUUUCUUAGCUUGUCAGCCUAUUUUGAUCUUAAAGAAAAGUUAUCAAAAAUUAGGAGUCAUAUUUAGUAUAGAAAAUGCUGACAUUUAUUUUUCUUUUCAUGGACGAGAAGUGAAAAUUUAAUGUGAUGUUGAAGUUUGCAUUGUGUAAAUACAUAUGUUUUCUCUGGA